AUGAAGAAACCGCUGCCGCGACAAUCAUCAGAUUAUUGCUACUACUACUACGAAGAUGGGGCUUUGGUUCCAAUCCAUAUUCAAAGCAAACAGCAACAAGUUGAUGACAGUAGAAUGAUGCCGUUGGAACCCAAGGCAUUUUUGCCGCCGGCCCUGGCUAACUGGGAUUUUUGCCAAAAUGCCCACAAUACCACUGCUGCCGGGGACGCCAUCGGCUCUAGCGUGUCAACAGGCAUAAACCCCCAGCAGAAGCCUUCUGUUCGCAAAGGAAAUUUCACUUGGCUACACAGUGAGUGUGAUGUAUCCCUUGCAAUCUGA